GGAAGCUGUUGCCAUGAUCGCCAGGUGCAUCGUGCGUUACCUCGCGAGCCACCGAACAACAGCUAGGCAGGCAGGUACGUAGGUAUCCGUGGACCGUACAGGAUCCGUAUGUACGAAUACGGAUACUUGGUUGAGCUUUCGCUGGAAACCCCCACCUCCACUUCAGACACCUCCGCGCCCUUACGCCUUGGUUGAACGACUCAACCCAGAACAGGGAACAGAACCUGCAUGUUGCCAAUGCCUUCGUCAAGGCCUGGCCGAAUCAUCAUCACCGUUGAAAGUUGACUCAUUUCGGCCACCGAUCACAAUGAACUUCCUCAACCCACUCAAACCCAAGGCGGCUGUCCCCGAGAUGCAGCCUGCGUCGGACGGACCCCUUGUGUGGAUUGACUGUGAGAUGACGGGGCUGGACCCGGACAAGGAGGAGAUCAUUGAGAUCUUCUGCAUCAUCACGACCGGAAACCUGCAAGUGAUCGACCCCGAGGGCUGGGGCUGUGUGGUGCAUAAGACCGAGGAGCGGAUGGCACAGAUGGAUGACUGGUGCACGCGGACGCACCGGGACAGCGGCCUGACGGCGGCGGUCAUCCAGUCGACAACGACGGCGGAGCAGGCAGCAGAAGGGUUACUCGCCUACAUCCGGAAGCACGUCCCGAAGCCCAAGACGGCGCUGUUGGCCGGCAACAGCGUGCACGCGGACCGGUCGUUCCUCAACAAGGCGCCGUACCGCAGGGUAGUCGACCAUCUCCACCACCGCAUUCUCGACGUCAGCUCGCUCAAGGAGGCGGCGAGACGUUGGUGCCCGUCGCAGGUUGUGGAUGGUGCUCCCGCCAAGCAGGGCCUUCACCAGGCCAAGGAGGACAUCCUCGAGAGCAUCGACGAGGCCAAGUAUUAUCGGGAGGCCAUCUUCGGAUUGGCAUGGAGACGGGGAGAUGCCAGUGCCCAGGAGACGCCCGUAAGCGAGCGCGACGAUAACGAGGCGUGGGCAGAUAACCUGCUGUAGACCCUGACCGAUGAAGCACCAAAGUCUAUGGCCAAUGUUUUCUUCUCUUCUUCCCCGAGCACAAUUGGCAUGGGAAGCGUAAGUGAUGAUGGAGGAUCUACAUACAUCGUAGGUGCCUUGCCUGGGUAGGUAGGGAGGGAGGGGUGCUCAACCUUCGAAGUAUACGGUGUUCAAAGACAUUUAAAAACGGCCUUGUGUCGAAGCAAAAGAGCGUGUGGUUCUUACGGUGCGAAUGACGGAGCUAGCUGACCCACAACUAUUACGUUGAUUCGUCGAACCUCCUCUUCCCCCCUCUGCAGCACCCCCAAUGACCUGAACUGACAAUGAGGGGCUCUCGAAGCUGCCCCUCCUUCACUGUGAGGUGACCCCGCCCACGCCCUGCUUCAGAAUGAUAUCACUGGCCCGGACACUGCGACGCAACCCCCACCAUGGCUGGCGA